UCGCGAUUACUCAGAGGCCUGCUGGCUGCUGGGAUUUGUUCAGCAUCAUCUCUCGCUUGUCCCGGGCGGGUGGUCGUGUAGGAGGAUCACGGCGUGAUUAUAUUACUCUCAAAUCUACGAUCAGGUGCAACAAAACCGCAGGAUCUGACGGGGAGCUCUCCGCCUUGAAUGCAAAACCCGCCUUGGAUGGAAAGUAGUUUUCCUUUUUGCUCAUCCGCGGGAGCGUUUUCACAGGAGCCACGUUCUCGGGUAGCCAAACGGCGAGGGUGCUGAAUAUUGCUGUCUGAGAUCAGGGGUUUAAGAAAAAAGGAUCUUAAUGGCAGAAAACAAUUUCCCUCCUCUUCCCCGUUUCAUCCCUCUGAAGCCAUGCUUUUACCAAGACUUCAACGAGAUCCCAGACCAGCGGCGCACCAUGUGCAAGCGGUUGUACUAUCUCUGGAUCUUGAACAGUGCUACACUGGCGGUGAACCUGAUUGGUUGUCUGGCAUGGAUGUGCGGUGGAGGCGGGGCAACUAACUUUGGAAUGGCCAUCCUGUGGCUGAUUCUGUUCACUCCUUGCUCCUAUGUAUGCUGGUUCAGGCCCAUCUACAAAGCCUUGAAGACUGAUAGCUCGUUCAACUUCAUGGCGUUUUUCUUUGUAUUCAUGGCCCAGGUUGUGAUCAGUAUUAUCCAGACAGUGGGCAUCCCAGGCUGGGGAGUGUGUGGCUGGCUGGCCACUAUCACGUUCUUCAGCACUAAUAUCGGGUCUGCUGUGGUCAUGCUGAUUCCUACUAUCAUGUUCACAGCUGUGGCUGUGCUCUCCUUCAUUGCCCUCACCAAGGUCCAUAACUUCUACCGUGGAAGUGGAGGGAGCAUGAGCAAGGCCCAGCAGGAGUGGACAACAGGUGCCUGGAAAAACCCCCAUGUCCAGCAGGCAGCACAACAGGCAGCUAUGGGUGCAGCCCAGGGGGCAAUGCAGGGCCAGCAGUACUCUGCCGCCCCCACCUACAACUAUGAUGACCCCAUGUAAUAAGUUUUUAGUAAGAAAUAGGCAGAAGGGAGUGUAACAGGGUAAUGGGGGAGGGAGGGGAUAAUGAAAAGAAGGCUUCCAAAACAUAGAAGGAGGAAAGCAAAUAACUGACCAAUUUAACUUUAAAUAUGUUUUCUCCAAUACAAUAAGACUUUUGCUUCAGCUCUUUUAAAAGUGUAUGGUAGGUUUAAGUAUUGUUUUUGGUCUUUUGACCGUAUCAGUACUACAUUACCACUCUGUAUACUAUUUUCUCACUACUUGUACUUUAAAUAUGUCUGGACUGGAGCUCCAGAGAAUAACAAAGCAUUGUAUCGCACUGUGUUUCUAUAGUAACUAGAUUCCUGGACUAGCAUGUCCCUGAAGAGCCAGCAGUAACUCUCUAUUUCUGUUGGCAAUUUGAUGUUUAAGCAGACAAUUUAUGACUGCUUGGCAAAAUCAUCUCACUGUUUUCCAAGUCAAUAUAUGUCUUCUGCAAAAGAUUAGCAAACACUAGAAGUAAUACAUAAACCUUAAGUGGAAUAACUAGUCAUAAAUUAAACACAUUGCAUUUUAAUUUUAUUGAGCCAUUAACUGGUCUUUGACCAGUAUCGUAAUGUGGCCUUACAAGAGGUCUUAACACUUUGGCUUGUUUUUUGCAAUCAGUUCAUUUCAGUUUGUUUGAAUCAGAUAGCCAUACACUUGCACAUCUACUGUUUAAAUGAUUUUGUUUUGUAAUUGUGUCUUGGGUGCAGAAAUGUACACUACUAGUGCAUCACAUUUUACAGAUUUGUUGUUGUUGAUAUUGUUUUGUUACCUCAGGAUUCAAAUAGUUAUUUUUUGCUUUUGUACUGUAGCAUUGGUAAAAGGUCAGUCUGAAAGGAAUGUCUGUUAAAUAUCAGUUAAGGACUGAUUUUUCAAAAAUGUUGCGCUAAAUCGUCCUUGAGAUUAAUUGUUAGAGAAAUUUGGGUGUUUCCUUAGAGGUUUCACCAACAUCUAUCUUUAUUUCCAACUACAGUAGAAACAGUCAGGGAUCCUCUCCAGAAAUAAUACAAAAAGAAGCUCAGCCCCCUUUAAAUGUUCAAAUGUUCAGAGAAUCAUCUGUACUGAGAAUCACUGACUUGAGCCAUGAGCUACUGCUCUGUUAUUUACCAUGUCAGUCUUAAAUUGGUGCACUGCUGUCUUUACUAUUACUGAAAUUCUAUCCAAUGUUGUGUGCACUAUUGGACUUAGUAUUUAGUUGUGCAUUUAUCUGCAUAAACAUUUCCAACACUUUUAGUGAAGUGAACCCUUUUUAUCGAGGAAUAGCAGGAGUUAAAUGCCUGCAAGCAAAGCACACUUGUCUUUGGGUUUAAAAAACAUAGGACAUGCUACAUGAAGUCCUCUAUCAGUAAUGAAUUCUGCCAUUUCCUAACAGGAUUAGGAUUUUGCUGUAAUAUCACAUCUGAUUUUGUGUACAUAUUUUCUGUGAUACAGUGAUCAGUAAUUGUUGUGUAAAAUUCCCAAAUGAAUCUGAAGAUUAUGUAAACCCUUUGUCAACUGAUAAGGUUGUGGUAUUUUCAAUACAUGUAAUGUGUAAUUAAGACAGGACAGAUUAUUAAUAUAGAGUUAUGUUUAUAGAGAGGCUUGAAUUGAUCCAUACUCUCUGAAAGGGUCGGUGUUAGAUUUUAAGCAAUUGUAUUGAAAAGUCUUUAUAUACUCUCAAUUUAAAAUGAAACUGAUACGAGUAACUAGGUUAAAAUCACACUAUACAUGUACAGUAUAUGUAAUAUGUAAUCAAACUGUCUUAAUCAAAGCUUGUAAAAUAGCACCUCAUCUCAAGAACUGUGAAAUGUUUUCAUGUGCUCAUGUAUGAAGUGAAUAUUGAUGUGUGUGUUGGACUUUUGGUAUUUUUUUUUUAGGUCUUUAUUUUUACAUGUAAGUGAGCGAGAGAGGUUUAGUGUUCACUGUGUUAUACCUGUUACACUGGAAUGGUCAUGGGGCUUGGUAAAGAGUAUCAUCAGGUUCAAAGCUUUGGCAUGGUGUUGGUAGAAGUUUUUGUUGAUUGGCCAUGAAACUGGUACUAGAUCAGCACAAAA